GCAGGAGGGGGCAGCCUGUAAUUAAGGCAGGCACAAAUGGCUCUUUUAAAAGGCCGGAAUUGUGAUUUUGAAACCAGAAGAAAGAGAUCCAAAAUUUCGAACAGCCCAUUUAUCAAAGACAAAGAGCAAUGCUGUUCUUUACCAAAAGCCAAGCCAAAUUUUUUGAAGCAACACAUAUCAUCUGAAAGUGCAAACAGAGUUCUUCAGAUUUGUUGACGCGCAGAACGCAGGAAUUUUCUUUGUUUCUUUGCUUUAUCUGUUAGCCAUCUUUGCUGCUGCUUUUACUUCUUCCACACAGAGAGAAGAUUGUCUGCAUGUGCUACAAUUGACUCAGUGGGUUUGUACCUGUUGUUGGGUGGGCUUGACUUUUGAACCCCAAUUGAAGCAUUUAUGGAAGAAAAACCAUUCCCUGCAUGGUCAUGGUCUGUUGAACAGUGCUUGAAAGAGUACAAUGUGAAACUGGAUAAGGGUCUGAGCACCUAUGAGGUUGAGAAGCGGCUUCAAAGAUAUGGUUGGAAUGAGCUCAGAAAAGAGAAGGGGAAGCCUCUAUGGCGGCUCAUAUUAGAACAGUUCGAUGAUUUUCUUGUAAAGAUACUUCUUGUUGCAGCCUUCAUAUCAUUCAUUCUAGUUUACAUGCAAGGAAAUGAAUCUGGGGAUUCUGGGCUUGAGGCCUAUGUGGAACCAUUUGUCAUUGUUUUGAUUCUAGUCAUUAAUGCCAUUGUUGGAGUAUGGCAGGAGAGUAAUGCGGAAAAGGCACUUGAAGCUCUUAAGGAUAUGCAAAGUGAGUCCAGCAAGGUUUUAAGGGAUGGGUAUUUUGUGCAAGAUUUGCCUGCACGGGAGCUUAUUCCAGGGGAUAUAGUGGAACUGCGGGUUGGCGACAAAGUCCCUGCUGACAUGAGAGUGGCAGCUUUGAAUACGUCAACCUUAAGAGUUGAACAGAGCUCCUUGACAGGGGAGGCCAUGCCCAUUUUGAAAUGCACUAAUCCUAUAUUUAUGGAUGAUUGUGAGUUGCAGGCUAAAGAAAAUAUGGUUUUUGCAGGCACAACAGUUGUCAAUGGAAGCUGCAUUUGCAUUGUUGUGAGUACUGGGAUGAACACUGAGAUUGGGAAGAUCCAAACCCAAAUACAUGAGGCCUCAUUGGAAGAAAGUGACACUCCUUUAAAGAAGAAACUUGAUGAAUUUGGGAGCAGGCUUACAACUGCAAUUGGGUUUGUUUGCCUCAUUGUGUGGAUUAUUAAUUUCAAAUAUUUUCUCACCUGGGAACUCAUAAAUGGAUGGCCCACAAAUUUUAAAUUUUCUUUUGAGAAAUGCACCUACUAUUUCAAGAUUGCCAUUGCCCUUGCAGUAGCUGCAAUCCCUGAAGGCCUUCCUGCCGUUAUUACCACUUGUUUAGCUCUUGGCACGAGGAAAAUGGCACAGAAGAAUGCAAUUAUACGGAAACUUUCUAGUGUAGAAACUUUAGGAUGUACAACUGUGAUAUGUUCAGAUAAAACUGGGACCUUGACAACAAAUCAGAUGUCUGUCAAAGAAUUCUUCACUUUAGGUGGGAAAACCACAGCUUCCCGAAUAUUUCAUGUUGAAGGCACAACUUAUGAUCCUAAGGAUGGGGGAAUUUUUGAUUGGUCUUGCUACAAUAUGGAUGCUAACCUGCAAGCCAUGGCAGAAAUAUGUGCAGUUUGCAAUGAUGCUGGGAUAUUUUGUGAUGGCCGUCUCUUCCAAGCAACCGGUUUGCCCACAGAAGCAGCUCUUAAAGUUUUGGUCGAGAAAAUGGGAGUUCCGGAUAUCAAGGUAAGGAAUAAAAUUCGCGACAAACAGAUUGUGGCAAACCACUUGAUUGGCCACAGCUCGGUAAAAUUAGGCUGUUGUGAAUGGUGGAUUAAAAGAUCGAAAAGGGUUGCCACUUUGGAGUUUGAUCGCAUUCGUAAGUCAAUGAGUGUUAUUGUUAGAGAACCAACUGGGCGUAAUCGACUCCUUGUCAAGGGUGCUGUUGAGAGCCUGUUGGAACGCAGCUUACAUGUGCAGCUUGCAGAUGGAUCACUUGUUCCAAUGGAUGAAUCUUGUAAGCAAUUGUUGUCAUUCAGACUAUUGGAGAUGAGUUCAAAGGGAUUGAGGUGCUUGGGUUUGGCUUAUAAAGAUGAAUUAGGGGAGUUUUCUGAUUACUACUCUGAGAGUCAUCCUGCCCAUAAGAAGUUGCUUGAUCCAAGUUGCUAUGUGUCUAUCGAAAGUGACCUAGUUUUUGUAGGGGUUGUUGGUCUAAGGGACCCUCCUCGUGAUAAAGUUCACAAGGCAAUUGAUGAUUGUAGAGGAGCUGGAAUUAAAGUAAUGGUGAUUACUGGAGAUAAUAAGUCCACAGCUGAAGCUAUCUGUCGAGAAAUUCAUUUGUUUUCUGAAGGUGAGGAUCUUCGUGGGAGCAGUUUUACAAGUAAAGAGUUUAUAGCGCUUCCCCCUUCACAACAAAUAGAAAUUUUGUCAAAACCUGGAGGGAAGGUUUUUUCCCGCGCUGAACCAAAACACAAGCAAGAAAUUGUGAGGAUGCUGAAGGACAUGGGCGAAAUUGUUGCAAUGACUGGAGAUGGCGUGAAUGAUGCACCUGCUUUGAAAUUAGCUGACAUUGGAAUUGCCAUGGGCAUUACUGGAACAGAGGUUGCAAAAGAAGCAUCAGAUAUGAUCCUAGCAGAUGAUAAUUUUGGCACCAUUGUUUCAGCUGUUGCAGAGGGUCGUGCAAUUUAUAAUAACAUGAAAGCAUUUAUCAGGUACAUGAUAUCAUCUAAUAUUGGCGAGGUUAUAUCAAUAUUCUUGACUGCUGUGCUGGGUAUACCUGAGUGCAUGAUACCUGUGCAGCUUCUGUGGGUUAAUUUGGUUACUGAUGGCCCUCCUGCAACAGCUCUUGGUUUUAAUCCUGCAGAUAUUGAUAUAAUGCAGAAGCUGCCCCGCAAAAGUGAUGAUACCCUUAUCAAUUCUUGGAUUCUCUUCCGUUAUUUGGUCAUUGGUUCUUAUGUGGGCAUUGCAACAGUUGGCAUCUUCAUCUUGUGGUAUACCCAAGCUUCCUUCUUAGGAAUUAAUCUUGUUGGUGAUGGGCAUUCACUUGUUGAACUAUCUCAGCUACGCAAUUGGGGGGACUGCCCCUUAUGGUCAAAUUUCACAGUGACACCGUUCACUGUUGGUGGGGGUCGUGUUAUCUCAUUUUCAGACCCUUGCGAUUAUUUUUCUGCUGGUAAAGUGAAGGCAAUGACCCUCUCGCUUUCUGUCUUGGUGUCAAUCGAGAUGUUCAAUUCCCUCAAUGCCCUUUCAGAGGACAACAGCUUGCUCAAAAUGCCACCCUGGAGGAACCGGUGGCUUCUGGUUGCUAUGUCUGUCUCGUUUGGUCUUCAUUGCUUCAUACUUUAUGUUCCGUUCUUUGCUAAUGUGUUUGGGAUUGUUCCAUUGAGCCUAAAUGAGUGGUUUCUGGUGAUCUUGUUUUCGUUUCCAGUGAUUAUUAUUGAUGAGAUUCUAAAACUUAUUGGGAGGAGCAGACGAUGGAGAAUAAAGGAGAAGACAGCAUAACAUAAAUCAUCAUCUUAUAUGUAGCAUUACAAAAUUUCAUAUAUAUGUUACCUUGUAAAUUUCUCAUGUUUGUGGGCAUAGGGAAUGAGGAUUUUAGGGGAUUGUGUUGAGUGAAUUUCUGUUGUUGUUGUUGUUGUCAUCAUCUUUUCCUCAUGUUGGAAAAGAAAUGUAUUGUUCAUGUUAGCUCAUGAAAAUAUAAAUAAAUGAGAAGUAGAAAUCAUGUUUCCCUCCUUA